AUGAAUUUAAGUACAACACCAAUAUCACCAUUACUUCUAUCAUCACCACCUGCAGUUUUAUCAACAACACCAGUGAAUAUAAAUGAAUUAAUGAAUAAAAUUGAUUAUUUUAUUAAAUUUUAUGUAGCAUUUCUAAUUGAUGUAUUUCAACCAUCUAAAUCCGUUUUUGGUACAAAUAGUGGUUCAAUACUUGAAUUUAAUUUAUCAGAUGUUCAUUUACUUUGUAUUAGAAUGUUUAUUAAACGACUUCAUUUAUUUUGUUCAUAUCAAAUUGGUGUUGUUGAAAAUAAUGUUUCUCUUGCUAAUACGAGAAUGACAUUACUUGAACAACUUAAUCUUCUUGUAUCUUUAUAA